CGCCGCAAGCCGUCCGCCUUGCUCCUCUCUCGAGCCUGGUCCUCCUCUAUCUCGCCUCUCCACUACAGAUUAGGUUAGCUCUCCCGUCGAUCUCGUCGUAGCAGCGAUGGCGAUCAAGAGGACCAAGGCCGAGAAGAAGAUCGCGUACGACAAGAAGCUCUGCUCGCUGCUGGACGAGUACAGCAAGGUGCUCAUCGCCGCCGCCGACAAUGUCGGCUCCAAGCAGCUGCAGGAGAUCCGCAAGGGCCUCCGCGGCGACUCCAUCGUCCUCAUGGGCAAGAACACCCUCAUCCGCCGCUGCAUCAAGGUCCACGCCGAGAAGACCGGCAACAAGGACUACCUCGAGCUCGGCAACCUCCUCAUCGGUAACGUUGGCCUCAUCUUCACCAAGGGUGACCUCAAGGACCUCCGUGAGGAGGUCGCCAAGUACAAGGUUGGUGCUCCUGCUCGUGUUGGGCUAGUUGCUCCAGUUGAUGUGGUGGUUCCCCCUGGCAACACUGGUCUGGACCCCUCCCAGACAUCCUUCUUCCAGGUGCUUAAUAUCCCCACCAAAAUUAACAAGGGUACUGUGGAAAUUAUCACCCCUGUGGAGCUGAUUAAGAAGGGUGACAAGGUGGGCUCAUCUGAGUCUGCCCUGCUUGCCAAGCUGGGUAUCCGCCCGUUCUCAUAUGGGCUGGUUAUCAACAACGUGUAUGACAGUGGGUCGGUCUUCAGCCCUGAGGUUCUUGACCUGACUGAGGAGGACCUGAUGAACAAGUUUGCGUCUGGUGUUUCUAUGGUUGCCUCACUGUCCCUGGCGAUCUCAUACCCCACCAUGGCUGCUGCCCCCCACAUGUUCCUCAAUGCCUACAAGAAUGUCCUUGCUAUUGCUGUGGAGACCGAUUACUCUUACCCGCAUGCUGAUAAGAUCAAGGAGUACCUCAAGGACCCCAGCAAGUUUGCAGUUGCUGCCCCAGCUGCUGCUGCUGCCUCAGGUGGUGCUGCUGCUGCCCCCAAGGAAGAGGAGAAGAAGGAAGAGCCUGCGGAGGAGUCUGAUGAGGAGAUGGGCUUCAGCCUGUUCGAUGACUAAGCUGUGUGCAGCCGUAGUAUCUCGCCUUGUCAAAGAAGUCGCAAGUUUUGUCGUAGUGUUGAACACUAAAGUUGCAAGUUUUUAUUUUUAACCCGAACAAGUAUUUGUUAUGUUAUUUCCUAGUGUGUAUUUGAAUAUGGUAUCGUCAUGUCAUGCACCUAAUAGUUAUUUAUGUCUCUAUGCCUUUCUUUUCAUUGGUUA